CAACGAUGAAGGAUUUUAAUUUCGUGCCUAUGGCCCGUAAGUUCCAUCCAUAUUAUCCUGGUUCAAAGUGCCGAGUUAUCACCCCGGAGCGUUUGCGGAUUUAUUGCCUGCCUACCUACAUACUCAUGCAUCUUUCCGGAUAGGUAUUAUUAUCAGAAAGAGUCACACGCUCCCUGAUCAUCUAUAAUGGGAAGUGCUGUCCGAGCAUCGGGGAACCGAAGUGAUCAUCAAAGCUGUCCGAGGAGUUAAUCGUGCCGGAAAACCCGUUGUGCUGGGACAUGGAGGCAGCUCAGUCAGUUCGCGGAGAGACAGAACACAAAGGCUUCUAGAAACAGGUGGGACCAAACAAGAUCGAUCUGGGCAGCUUAACAAUGGACUCUAAAAUCAGUGCUUGUGGCUUAGCUUCCAAUGAGCCACACGUCUGAUUGGCUGGAGCACAAAGUCCGAUAGCAUCCGACGGCUGAUAGCGGAUCGGUCAGGCCGAGAAUGCACUGUAACGAAGAGUUUGAAGAAAUGCUCAUCCAAUUAUAUCAUUCCAUUUCAUCGAUUGUUGAACUUUUCCCGACCAGCGAGAUGCGACCAGGGUCGGUUCCUGCAUCGAGCGAGUGUGUACACCGUAUCCCCAUGAUCAAUAGGUAGGAUGGGAUAGAGAUUUUUUCUUUCUUGUUUUUGUGUCUUUACCCUAUCGAGCAGUAUCCUCCGGAUAGGUGGUAACGCUUGAACAGGUGUUGUCUUGAAUCAACGAGACAGUCACAUACAUGUACAUGCAUGGUAUGGUUAGUCACACCAUAGGGCGUGUCAUACGACGACUCUGCAAAUAUUUUUCUUAGCUCCCCUGAUUUGAGUUCCAAGGCUCCCCAGGACUGGCCAACAACUGGCAGCUAGGUCGAAAUGUCGAACCGUGAUGAAUCAACAUACGACGACAUGUCUCAUGUGACCUUGGCCAAGAGUCAUCAUGUGAUUACAAAUGGUGGGGUAGAGAUUCGCAUAGAGUGUGGCGGAAUCUGAAAGAGUGGCGUCGGAACCAGAUGACAAACCAUGAGGUGUGGCUGUGCGAGGGAGCCAGCGCGAGGGGAUACGUAUCGCAUCACAAAACAAAGGUGAAAGAAAGGAUCGGCGGGGCUAGACUACGUCAGUGGAACCCUUCAAGAGGUCGAAAAAAACUCGAGCGUGCUGGGCCAGGCUAAGAUUUUCCUGAGCAGCGUCAGAGUCCAAGGAAUUGAGAGAGCCUAUUGGGCACCGGUUCUGAUGGGCCCCUAUCGGCGUCAGAGCCCUGCAGCCUUGGGUGCAAGCUGGCCUUGGCCCUUGAACCCGAACCUUGAACAAACCUAAAAUGAUACGUACCUUUGCUUGAUACGGGCAUGCAUCUCUGGAUCCCCGGAGUGGAGUGGACAUGUCCGUUGCGGGAGGCUUGGGGGCUUUGACGAGUGAGUCUCGGGGCCCAAUUAGUCAGUCAGUCAACACCUCGCUGUUCGGUUUGCUCGUCUCGCGAGGAGGGAGAGGAAGAGGGACGGGAUGCGAUGGGACUGACGGGAUAUUUGAAAUCAAGAGGAGAGGAUUAUACGGUCGCAAAUUAUCGUCAGUGCACCAUUGAGAAGGGACUGGAAGCGACCUGAAGCAGCGGGAAGAUCAGCAGCCAUAUGGUCAUAUCGAAUGGUGACCCAGACAGACAUCAUCAUCAUCAGCAUCAUCAUCCAUGAUCAAUCAGCCAUCAUUCAUCUAUUAUUUCACCAGGAGCAAGUGAGUGCACUACACUACACACAUACCUACGUAGUAGUGCGUCGCAUAACUGCCAAUCCGCCGCUGACCUAGGGAAAAAAACGAAGCAAGACAACGGCUUCGAGUCUGGCGUGACGAUAUACAUUAUCCACACACCACGACAUACUUACCUACCGUGGUACAUUAAUUACUUCACAACCUGUCGAGGUUGCAUACCACACGCACACGGCACCCACCCUCAUCGCAUCCAAUUGUCCAAGAGUCGUCAAGCCCACACCACCAUUACAUAUACCGGGUUACAUACCGCAAAUCGACCUCACUCACUCACUCCCUGCUGCGGUACUCUCUUCCAGGUCUGCUGCUGGGGCAUACGCUAGGUACCCAGCAAUUCUUUCCAGAUCCCGGCCUCGGUGUUGUCCUGUGCAUCAUCGAGUGGGCCCAGGGUCUUUUUUAGUCUCGGCCCGGUGGGGGUGCACCUAGUGACUUCAUCGACUCCAGCACUGUUCUGUACCUACCUUAUCCAUCAGUCUUUUGGCUUCCAUCACUCACACCUUGCUCAUCUAAACGGUCCCUGCUUUCUUUAAAAAGCGACCAUUCCCGCCUUUCGCCACUUUCUCCCAACUCUAAACAUAAACUCAUCUUUUACAACAUCACCAUGUUAUCGAUCCCUCGACUACAUCAACAGCAACUUCAGCUCCAACAACAACUACAACACAACUCUUCCCACUCUCAGCAGCACCAGCAGUAUCCCUACCCUCAGAACUGCCAUACCGAAUACAACUCUGCCGCCUAUUCUGACCUUCCUCGAUCGACUUACGAAGACGAGAUCACUGCUUUUAGUCAACAACUUCCCACCGACCUCAUGCAGCCCGAAACUUGGGGAGCACUUGCCCAGCAGACUCACAGGUUGCCUCGUGGGACUCAUCAGCGCGAGUCUUCUUUGUCGUCUCUAGGGUCUUCAACAGCUGGGCCUGCCUCGCCCUUCAACCACAACACAUCGAACCCACAUAUUGCAAUCACCGACACAAACGACCAGAGCAACCCAUCAUAUUAUCACCUGGCCAAGUCGAUGGCUCCCUAUGCUGGAUACCAGACUUGCGGAGGCUUGGAGCAGAAUGCUAUGCCUGAGAUGGCAUAUCCAAUCACUCUUUCAGGACCAAGCAGCAAGCCAAGAAUGGACCGGACUUUGAUGCAAGCUCCCGACUUCUCUGGUGGCUCAUCGCGGUCACACCCUGCCUCAGUGGCGAGUUCCAUCGCGGGUGACUCACCUGCUACUCCUACAGUUGGCGAAGCAGACAACUCGGAGAGAAGGCGAAAAGGUUUUGCCAAUGCUCCAAAACUUGACAGAACCAUGACAGACAUUUAUGCAGACGAACUCUACAGCCCCAACUUUGCCAUCACAUCAACUCCUCCCUCUCAAACUCAGGUAUCUUUAUCACCUACAAACGAUGUCUUCAGUCAGCGACUCAAUGCCGCCAACAACCAGCAUCUAAGUGCAGCUCAAUCGCCAGUCUCUAGCAACUCGCGAGAUAGGUCGCCUUUCAGAACUGGGUCGCCUCUCGCCCCUUCUCCCGCCCAUGAUUUUGGCAACCAUGGACUUCCACAGAACUUGACGUUCAACAGUGCACAGCGUAUGCGCGAGCAGAACAAGGCAAACCAAGAUGCUCAGGUCAUGCGUCAACAGAUGAACAUGAAGCAGGAGCCCGAGACUCCCAAGACCAUCUCUCCCAAGGAUGCUAUUCUUGAGUUCAACGAGUCCGAGGGUGACAACAAUUUCCCUUUGUUUCCUCAGAGUUCUUCGGGCUUCGAUCUGGACCAGUUCCCAAAGUCUAUGGUUAGCUCUCAAGAAUCUAUGCACGACACCCACAGCCAAAACCACUUCAACUUCCUGUCAUCGCAUGCAGCCAAUGGAAUUUCGGUGCCUCAACAGUACCCGUUCAUCGCACACCCGCGGAUGAACCACGAGACACCACCUCGCCUGAGCUCCGCUGGAUCGAGCUCGAACGAAUCGCGGAAUGUCACUCCUGCAACCCGUCCCGGCAGUACUGCUGCUGACGGCGGCACUUACACUUGCACAUAUCAUGGCUGCACAUUGCGAUUUGAAACUCCAGCGCUACUUCAGAAGCACAAGCGGGAAGGCCACCGACAGACCCAGAAUCUUGGGCCUUCGCAACCUCGCAAUAUGGGUAUGACAUCUGCAUUGUUGAACACGCAGGCGGGCCCUCAUCGUUGCGACCGGAUUAACCCAAGCACUGGCAAGCCCUGCAACACUGUCUUCUCUAGACCAUAUGAUCUUACUCGCCAUGAGGACACCAUCCACAACGCUCGCAAGCAAAAGGUGCGAUGUGACCUUUGCACUGAGGAGAAGACAUUCAGCCGUGCGGAUGCUCUAACCAGGCACUAUCGCGUAUGUCAUCCGGACGUGGAACUUCCAGGCAAGCAUCGUCGACGAGCCGGUGCUUGAGUUGCACCCGUGGCGUGCGUGGCCCGGCUCAACAGGCCAGCCGGCCAGCAUAGCAUACUCGCCAAGAGACAAGCCUCCUGCCGAUGAGAACCCCCUGAAGACGGUUCAAGGCACCCCAGGAUUGGCGCCGUGCCGUUACUCUGGGCUCCCUAGAUGAUGCCGCAUGACGUUGACCACCGUCGAAACAAGGCUUGGCGGUUGUGGACCGAUCACCGCAAGGCUUCAGUUUGCUUGAAUCGGGUUGGUCGACAAAGUGCCAAACCGAUAGCGCCCUGGGCCCUAGUGCGGGCAGGUGGGUCCAAGGGUCCCUCCUGCAGGAAGGGUCCUUUCCGGUCAAUCUGGCUACGUCAUGAGCCAUCCACCCAUUACGGUUGUGACAUCAUAUGGGCCCACCCAAGUCUCAGUCACCGACCAGCAUCCCUCCCCGAUACUCCCUUAUGAUGACAUGGCGUCCGUCAUGGAUAGCGGACUGUCAUUCGUUGUCAUUGUACAUUAUCCUGAUUCCAGUUGUUUCGUCUGAUUUGGCACCUCAUCGAAGGAUAUUUCCUAUGCGACUUGUAUGUGUAUCUAUCUCUUGUACUAGGUCAUCUGGCCGGCCAGAACUACCUCAUGUUUAAUAUGGAAAAGGUUGGAUUGAAUUGGAUUGGAUUGAUUGAUUGGGAAUUGGUCUAGACAAAAAGAAAACAGGAGCGUUUGGGUUUUGUUUACUACAGCGAGUUUUGUCUUUGUCCCUUUGGGCAGAUGAUACCUAGGAUUGGAAUUUGAGUCGCUUCUGCGAGUUCAACGUCAUGAUGCCUGAUGACUGCAUUGACAGGAAAGACCAAUAGCGCUUCAGCCGUUGAACAUGGUCGGAAACAGCAAGGGUUAGCUCAUUACUGUACUUUGUUAUUUUUGGAGAUAAGCGACAAUUAUAGAUGAUGUAUGAUAUAAUGCGACAACAGAAAAAGAUUAUCAUGAUGAAAGACAUGCAAUUUAUUCCCCCAGCGUCUAAUGAUAGCCAUACCGUGAUGCAUAUUAAUGCUGCAAGUAAGCAACCCCUAAGUUUAGAUGCUCAUAAACAGUUGGCGCUAGCUAACACUGCAGAUCUGACCCUUGAAAUCGAUCAUAAGUGUGCAUUGAUGAUGGAUGCGAUUUAUUCUACUGCCGAUCAGUAUCAAGCUCACCCUCCGCUACCUUUUGUCGUUGCAAGGAAACCGAAACAUUGCUAUAUCUAGACCCAUGCAGAGAGGAGCAAGGGAACUGUAACCCUCGUGACGUCGUUGCUUAACUAACCAUCACCGUAAUAUUUGAAAGUAGUCUGCAUAAACUAGUCCGAUGGCUCCAUAGCAAGCAUCAUCAUGUUGUUCUUUCUGGUAAACUCUUCAAGUUCUUGUUCGGCUUCACAAGUGUAAUUUCGUCACAGAUAUCCAC